CUCCAAGAGGGAGGUGGCUGAGGCUCCGGCUAUUGCUGGUGGGUGGUUUCCAGCUUCAGCAUCACCAACCAAAGGCGAGAGGGAGAGAACAGCUGCUGAUGUUGUGUUCUGAAGCAACCUCAGGAGAAGAGAAAAUGGAUUCAGCUUGCCCAUCCCUCGCCUUUCAGCAUCUUCCCUUGGUUUCGACAUGGACUUCCAAAGGAGCAGAUGAGGGAAUCUUGAGUAAUGUCAUACAGUGAGUGUUGAGACAACUUGGAUGGAAAGAAAUCAAAAAUGGCCGUUCCGAUUUGAACACAAUUUCUCACACACAGAAUCACAAUAGCUAACAGCCAUGUCAAAAAAAGGACGCAGCAAGGCCGAAAAGCCUGAGGCACUCAUUAUGUCCCUACAAGCUGCCAAUGAAGAUCUCAGGACCAAACUAACAGACAUUCAAAUUGAGCUUCAUCAGGAGAAAUCUAAGGUAAAUAGACUUGAAAGGGAAAAAACCCAAGAAACAAAGCGGAUCCGGGAACUGGAGCAGCGUAAGCAGACAGUGCAGAUCACUGAACUGAAAGCAAAGCUCCACGAAGAGAAGAUGAAGGAAUUACAAGCUGUGCGGGAAAAUCUGAUCAAACAGCAUGAGCAGGAAAUGGCACGGACAAUGAAAAUUAGAGACAGUGAAAUCCAGAGGCUUAAAUCGGCACUCUACGCCUUGCGGGAAGGGAGCAGUGACAAAGUACGGACAGCACUUACUAUUGAGGCUCGUGAAGAGGCCAGGAAACAAUUUGACUCUGAGCGCCUUAAACUUUUGCAAGAAAUCACUGAACUGAAGUCUGCCAAAAAACAGGUGGACGAAGCGCUUAACAACAUGAUCCAGGCUGAUAAGAUCAAAGCUGGUGAUCUUCGAAGUGAGCACCAGUCCCAUCAGGAAGCUAUCUCUAAGAUCAAAUGGGAGAGCGAAAGGGAUAUUCGCAGGCUGAUGGAUGAGAUCAAAGCAAAAGACAGAAUAAUCUUUUCCUUGGAGAAAGAGCUGGAGACCCAAACUGGAUACGUUCAGAAGCUUCAGCUGCAGAAAGAGGCUUUGGAUGAGCAACUCUUCUUAGUAAAGGAGGCUGAAUGUAACAUGAGCAGUCCCAAAAGAGAGAUCCCGGGCAGAGCAGGAGAUGGCUCUGAGCACUGCAGCAGUCCUGAUCUACGCAGAAACCAGAAGAGGAUGGCAGAGCUCAAUGCUACUAUACGAAAACUUGAGGAUAGGAACACACUGCUUGUAGAUGAGCGGAACGAACUGUUGAAACGUGUUCGGGAAGCUGAAAAGCAAUGCAAACCUCUCCUGGAAAGAAAUAAGUGCCUCUCCAAGAGAAAUGAUGAACUCAUGCAGUCUUUGCAGCGCAUGGAGGACAAGCUCAAAGCAGUCACGAAGGAAAAUUUAGAAAUGAAAGAAAAAAUGACAGCACAUCCUCCUCUGAAAAAAUUAAAAUCUCUCAAUGACCUGGAUCAAGCUAAUGAAGAGCAAGAAACUGAAUUUUUGAAGCUUCAGGUUAUAGAACAGCAGAACAUAAUUGAUGAGUUGACACGGGACAGAGAGAAACUUAUUCGACGCAGAAAGCAUAAAAGAAAGCCAAUUAAGAGGCAUAUAUUAGACACUGUUUAUGGGGGUGAUGAUGACUCUAUGGACUCUGAAACCUCAUCCAUGGCUUCAUUCAGGACAGACAGAACACCAGCAACUCCAGAUGAAGACCUGGAUGAAAGCUUAGCAGCUGAAGAAUCAGAGCUGCGAUUUCGACAAUUAACAAAGGAGUACCAGGCUUUGCAGAGAGCGUAUGCGUUACUGCAGGAACAAACCGGAGGAAUCAUAGAUGCUGAACGAGAAGCCAAGGCACAGGAGCAGCUCCAAGCUGAAGUCCAGAGGUAUAAAGCUAAAAUAGAAGAUCUGGAAAAAACACUGGCCCAGAAAGGACAGGAUUCCCACUGGGUAGAAGAUAAGCAGCUUUUCAUUAAGCGGAAUCAAGAGCUUUUGGAUAAGAUAGAAAAAUUGGAAGCUGACAAUAGUCGGUUGCAACAAGAGCUGCAAGAUGCCAGGGAUCAGAAUGAGCUGCUGGAAUUCCGAAAUCUAGAACUCGAAGAAAGAGAACGAAGAUCUCCACCAUUUAAUCUCCAGAUCCACCCAUUCUCUGAUGGUGUAAGUGCUCUGCAGAUCUACUGCAUGAAGGAAGGUGUCAAGGAUGUUAGUAUUCCAGAUCUCAUAAAGCAGCUAGACAUCUUGGGUGACAAUGGGAAUUUAAGAAAUGAAGAACAAGUGGCAAUAAUUCAAGCCAGCACUGUAUUGUCCCUGGCAGAAAAGUGGAUACAGCAGAUUGAAGGGGCUGAAGCAGCUCUGCACCAGAAGAUGAUGGAACUGGAGAGUGACAUGGAGCAAUUCUGUAAAAUAAAAGGUUAUCUAGAAGAAGAACUGGACUACAGGAAACAAGCUCUUGACCAAGCCUACAUGAGAAUCCAGGAGCUUGAAGCUACCUUGUACAAUGCUUUGCAGCAAGAAACAGUGAUAAAGUUUGGAGAAUUACUGAGUGAGAAACAGCAGGAAGAACUGAGGACUGCUGUAGAAAAAUUAAGGAGACAGAUGCUGAGAAAAAGCAGAGAAUAUGACUGCCAGAUCCUACAGGAGAGGAUGGAGUUGCUUCAGCAGGCACAUCAGAGGAUCCGAGAUUUAGAAGAUAAAACUGACAUCCAGAAGAGACAGAUCAAGGAUUUAGAAGAAAAGUUUCUCUUUCUGUUCUUGUUCUUCUCUCUUGCCUUUAUUCUUUGGCCUUGAUGUCAUUGUGCCUCUUGAGAAGAGUGACUGAAAUACACAGAAAAGUCCUCACAAGGGCAGAUGCUUCCAAACCCACGAAGGAGAAAACACUGUUUACAACCACUUCAAAGCAAAGCAACACUCUGUAGCCAAGACCACACCUACCAUGUAGUUCAAAGCCAUUAUUUGAGAUCUGUUACUUGACAGUUCCUGUCUAAAGCUACAAUAUAUGCUGCACUUAAUAAGGGGGAAAGGAAUAUCCUAUCAGCGUACAUCACUAGAAUUCCGUUUUUAGGUAUAGAAACAGCAAGAAACCACAUUCAGUAGAUUGAAUGAAGGCAUGUCGGGCAAGGAACCAAAGUUACUAUGAACAAUCUAUCCCUGCUGUGCAGGGGGAUUAUUUUAAACAUAAUACCAACUUCCCAUGAAAGUCUUCAAUAAUGAAGGGAACAGAGCAAAAGAAAUGUAUUCAGAACUCUAUGGGGACAAUAAAAUAGUCAAUUUGGAAAGUC